AUGGCGCAAGCAUACCUCCCCAAUACAAUGCCCCUUCAGCCCCUGAAGGCGGACACAGAUGCCCUCCUCAAACAGAGUCUGGAAGAGAUCAUCCAGAAGAAUCCGCAGCAGGACAAGUAUGAAGCAGAUGACCUGCUUGGAAUAGCAGCUGGACCUACGGGCCUCGCUUACUUCUUCCUCCGCAUGUCCCAGACACAUCCGGAUUUGCAAAUCCAGGGCCAUGACUGUAUAUACUGGGCGGAGAAAUACAUUGCUGGGGAUAGGGGCGCGCUAGAGAUUCAGGACAAGAAUUGCGGCUUUGCCUGUGAGAAACUAGCUUACGAGGCAGUCAAGGCCAGCAUCACCAAGGACGAGAAGGAUGUGGCUGCGUUCCUGAGCAAUAUCCCCAAGAUCAUUGCAAAAACGCCAGAGGGCGGUGAGGAUCCCUUCCCAAGUGAGAUGCUGUAUGGCCGCGCUGCGGUGCUGUACCUGCUUCGAGCGAUUAGGAAAUCUGUCCCGGAUAGUGCAGAUUCUGUCAACGAGGCUAUUUCCAAGAUAUGCCAAAAGAUUUUGGAUACCAAGGACAACAGCAAGGGAGAAUGGUUGUGGAAUGGGAAGCGGUAUUACGGUGCUCCCCAUGGAGAUAUCGGCAUCAUCACGCAAAUAGUUCUAAGUGAACCUUCCUUGGCACCAAAGCUGAAAGAUCGUCUCGAAAGACUACUCGACCUGCAGAACGAAUCUGGAAACUGGAGUGACACAGAUGAGGUCAGAGAAGAUAGUUACAGACGGGUGCAGUUUUGUCACGGUGCACCGGGAUUCACAUUCUCUCUGCAGUCCCUGCGGCCAUCUUAUCCGGACCUCCACGAGAGGUUUGACAAGGCCAUUGAAAGAGGGAGGGAAGUAACCUGGGAUCGUGGCAUUCUCGUCAAAGAGCCGAGUUUAUGUCAUGGUUUGUUUGGAAAUGGACUUUCUUUCCCCAAGGGAGAAAAGAGAGACCAUUUUCUGUCUCUCGCAACGCCGGAUUCUUUGGAAAACUUGAGAAAGGAACACCCUGACUCUUUCACAGGAGGCAGUUAUGGCAUGUCAUCCUCUCCUCUGUUUAGCUACCUUCCCAGCGCAGCGUGGACCUGGACUGUUUUCAACGAAGAGAAGCCAACCAUCAUGCUCUUCAACGAUAUUUGA